AUGCGCCUCGUUGGAGUAAAGCCAGGUUAUUCGCAGCGUGCCAUACCAGAGCAUGCCUACGGCGUAUCAGAGUUCGCCGCAGUCCGUGCAGGCACUGCGCAGGCUGGCGAACCUUGGAGAUUUGUCUCGUUUGCGGGCCAGGCAAAGCCUGGGCAAAUCUCAGCAGUGCCGCAGGCUGUUGCACAGGCUGUCCCACAGGCGAUGAGGGCUCCGCGCACCUCAGGCCCUGUGCAGGCCGUCGCUCAGGCCGUCCCUGCAGGUGGGUCCGCACGGCUGCCGCGGGGUCCAUGGAUCCCAGCGAAGCGAUGA